GUUUAUCAAAGAACAAGAAAUGUUUAGCCCUAUCAUCAGUAUACAAAAAACCAAAAAGACCGUCCUGGAUCCUGAUAUAUGUAUAUAUACAUGUGCAGCCAUUACUGGUGCUACCAAGCUGUGAACCUGCAGAUCCCGAGCUGCCCGCUGCUUAUUAGAGCUGCCAGUGCCGGCCGCAGCAGGAAGCCAGGAACGAAGUCGUCGGCGCCCAACAAGAUGUUCAACGACGAUGAAGAGCCUAUCGCUCCUGCUUCGAAUGCAGGGAAGCAAGUGCGUGGGUUCAGCGACGUGGGGAAAGCAUCGGUGAAGCCCUACUACCCGAAGGAGGCACCCCUGGGAGCCAGCACCGUGCGUGUGCUGCUGGACGUGAGCAGCUCAUCUUCCACGGCCGGAAGGGCGGCGCUGGACCUUGUCGUGGUGCUGGAUGUCAGCGGCAGCAUGCGUGACUUCGGCAGGCUCGACAAGCUCAAGUCGGCCAUGCGAUUCAUCAUCAAGAAGCUCGCCCCCAUGGACCGCCUCUCCGUCGUCACCUUCAACGGCGGAGCCACCAGGGAGUGCCCACUGCGCGCCAUGUCCGAGGACGCCGUCCCCGUCCUCACCGACAUCGUCGACGGCCUUGUCGCCAGAGGCGGGACCAACAUCGAGGCUGGCCUUAAGAUGGGCCUCCAGGUCCUGGACGGCCGCCGGUACACCGGUGCCCGCACCGCCGGCGUCAUCCUCAUGUCCGACGGGGAGCAGAACAGUGGCGACGCCACGAGGGUCCGCAACCCGCAGAACUACCCCGUCUACACGCUCUCGUUCGGCUCGAACGCCGACAUGAAUCUGCUCCAGAAGCUCGCCGGCGGCGGCGGCACGUAUAAUCCUGUCCUGGACAGCGGCGGCAUGAGCAUGCUCGACGUCUUCUCGCAGCUCAUGGCCGGACUCCUCACGGUGGUGGUGCGGGACCUGUACCUGAUCCUGUCCAAGCCUGCUGCUGUCGUGGUUGCUGCUACCCACCCGGAUGACCAUGACCUCGACAAGAUCGUCAAGGUGGACCCCGGGGAUUUCAGGCAGGAGACCGACGCCCAGUCCGGCACGGUCACCGUCAAGUUCGGCGACCUCUUCAGCGGCGAAGUGCGCAAGGUCGUCGUGGAGCUCUCGCUGAGAGAGACGAGCAGCAGCGACUACGACGCGGAGAUCCUGGACGUGGAGGUGAGCUACCCCAACGAGCAAGGCGAGAGGAAGAAGCUGGUGGGCCAGACCCUCCACGUGAAGCGCACCAGCACCGCGAGCGACAACGGCGGAACCACGCCGGAGCUGGAGGCGGAGCUGCUCCGGCGGCAGCACGCGGUGUCCAUCAGGGCGGCGAGGCUGCUGGCGGACGACGAGAAGCUGGGAGCCGCCAGGGCCAGGCUGCAGAAGGCGCAGCGCGAGCUGGAGGGCGUCCUGGAGGAGACCAACCCCAUGGUGGCCGUGCUCAGGACGGAGCUGCAGCAGCUGAUGGACUGCAUGAGAUCAGAGGACCUGUACAAGACGAAGGGCAAACCGUACGCGCUCGCCGUCGAGCUCUCCCACGCGCGCCAGCGCUUCGCCGCCAGGGGUGUCAACGACGGUGUCCGCCUCUUCGCCACCCCCCGCAUGGACGCGUAUCUCGAGCAGGCCAGGAAGUUCGCCGAGGACCCCAGCGCGCCUCUGCCCACCGCAGAUGAGGACGCCGCCGUGGAACCCACCGGCGCAGAUGUGGUCGCCGAGGACCCCAACAACGCGCCUCUGCCCGCCACCGGAGAUGCGGACGCCGAUGUAGAGGUAGAGAUCGCCAAGGUCGUGGACGAUGCCCCGAGCAAGGUUGUGUACUACAUGCAGGUCGCCGUGCUGUUGCUGAAGGGCAUCGAGAAUAUCGUCAAACGCCUCUGGGAACGUCUAGGCAUGGCCUAGUAGAUCGUCAGCACCUGUCAAUGCUGUCAAGUGUGUUUGCUUCUGGUCAGUCUCAGUUACUGUGUUGCUAUCAAGUGUGGUGAGUCACUGUCAAAUGAAUAAGCCUUUGUGGAUGGUUGGGUGGUACCUACACAUGUACUUCCCCGUUCCGAAAGGGGUACACAUUUCAUUUUUAGACCGGUCAAUCAAUGUCAGUUUUAAUUAAAUUUAUAGAAAAAUGCUUGUAUCCUAAAUAAGUUUACUUGUAAAAUAUAUUACAUGGUUAAUUUAAUAUUAUAUACUUACUUCC